AUGGCUGCUGAAGAACCAGCAGCAGUUACUUAUACCGCACUCCGUUCUGAUCUGCUGAUCCCUGGUCGCGGCAAGCCCAUUGUAGGCGGUGCAUUGAUCAUUAAAGGCGCCAAAAUCGAGUGGGUGGGACAGUACGCAGACCGUCCAUCCAAAUAUGGCUCUAUCAAGUUCCGGCAUUUGCCUGUACUCAUUCCGGGCAUGUGGGAUUGUCAUACGCACUACGGGGGUUACGGGAAAGCUUUCGGUGCCAUUGGUGAUCAUAAAGCUUUGCUACCAGGCGCAAGUGCUCUGGCUGGAGCCGUCACGGUCGAAGACCUCAAGCGCACGCUUGAUGCAGGGUUUACCAGUGUGAGGGAACUGUCUGGGUUUGCAGGAUACUUGUGGCCUGGUAUUCGAGACGGGUAUCUUGUUGGGCCGAAUGUUUACUCGUCCCUGACACUGUUGUCUACUACUGGUGGGCAUGGCGAUCUGCACGACGCGCCCUUGUGUGCAAUCAAGCAGUUCUCUGACGCUGGUGGCAAUUUCUAUAUCUGUGAUGGCGUCGAUGAAUGCAUUAAAGGAGUUCGCGAGAUGGUCCGCAGAGGAGCCCGUUGUAUUAAGGUCUGCUCGUCGGGAGGUGUACUCAGUCUCGAUGACGACCCAGAAGAUCGUCAGUUUUCGGACGAAGAGCUCAAGGCCAUAUGUGACGAGGCAGCUCGGACCGGCCGGGCCGUUGCUGCUCAUGCCAUCGGGAAAGCCGGAAUAAUGGCGGCUCUCAGAGCAGGCGUCACGAGUAUAGAGCAUGGCUGUUACCUUGAUGAGGAGGUUGCAGAUCUGAUGAAAGAAAAGGGUACAGUCCUAGUGGCCACUCGGCAUAUUCAAGAAAGCCUCUACCUUGACCACAGUGAGUUCCCCCCACCGGUGGUCGAAAAGAUCAAGAAGAUUGUGCCCCUCACCAGGGCCAACUACAAAAAGGCAAUAAGACUAGGCGUCAAGAUUGCCCUGGGCACAGACAUGUGGAACAGCAAUCCAGAGCAUCGGAUCUCUCAUGGGCGUAAUGCUAUGGAGCUUACGUACGCGGUUGCUGCUGGAUUCACUCCGCUGGAGGCGAUCGAGGCGAUCACUGCCACGGCUCCGGAGGUCUUGGGUAAGAAGGCUCCAAGAAGCGGACAACUGAAGGAGGGGUAUGAUGCCGACGUUAUAGGCGUCGCUGGCAAUCCUUUGGAGGAUCUGGCAUUCCUUACUAAUCCAUCACACAUCUCCCAUGUCUGGAAAGGCGGCAAGCUCUAUAAGUCUCCAUAA